UGGUCUCCACACUUUCAAACAAGUUGCUAAAGCCCUCUGCUCUCAGCUAUCUCUACCUUCUCUUUUUUCCUGUUUGCUGGGACAUCUCUACAUCUCCUGGGUCAGCAUUUCUGCUACAUCACUUUAUACUUUUCUCCUGACAACUUCUUUAUCACAGCCUUGUCCUGCUGCAUUUAUCCUGUGCACCUCUGCUCCCCACAAAGAGAGGAAAGGAAACAGAAGACAGGAAGAAGUAGAAAGGUGGAAGCGGAUUACACUGUGAUAACUCUCACACCCCUCCCUGCUCUCUAUCCCAGUACUCAGGGAGUGGGAACGCUGCUGCUGAAAGGGUUAACUAGGACUUGCCAAGAAACAUCUCACUGUUUCCAACAAGAGGACGAAUAAUAAGGGAACUAAUCUGAUUGUUGAGGUCUGUUUUAGCAGCCUGAACUCGAUUUCACAGUGUGGGCUUUGGAUCCAGCCGUCCUUACACCCUUUUUUCUCCACCCUUUUUUUUUCACUUGCUGAUCCCCAUAUAAAAAGCAGAAAGCUCCAAAGCCAAAGCCAUCAUGAGCACUAACGAUUACUACGAACAACAGCAACAGUACCAAGGAGAGGAGGCAGACGAGAUGCCAGCUACAGAAAAGGACCUGGCUGAAGAUGCGCCCUGGAAGAAGAUCCAGCAGAACACCUUCACCAGGUGGUGCAAUGAGCAUCUCAAAUGUAUGAACAAGCGCAUUGGAGACCUGCAGAAAGACCUGACCGAUGGGCUGAAGCUCAUAGCCCUGCUGGAGGUGCUGAGUCAGAAGAAGAUGUACAGAAAGUACCACUCCAGGCCAAAUUUCAGGCAGAUGAAGCUGGAGAAUGUGUCUGUGGCGCUGGAAUUCCUGGACAGAGAACACAUCAAGCUGGUGUCUAUAGAUUCAAAAGCCAUUGUGGAUGGAAACCUUAAACUUAUCCUGGGUCUGAUCUGGACACUUAUUCUGCACUACUCCAUCUCUAUGCCCAUGUGGGAGGAUGAGGAUGAAGAAGAUGCCAAGAAACAAACACCAAAGCAAAGGCUUCUGGGAUGGAUUCAGAAUAAGAUACCACAGCUGCCUAUCACGAAUUUCCACCGGGACUGGCAGGAUGGAAAAGCACUGGGUGCACUGGUAGACAAUUGUGCCCCUGGUCUCUGUCCAGACUGGGAAGCCUGGGACCCCAACCAGCCUGUGGAAAAUGCAAGAGAGGCAAUGCAGCAGGCAGAUGACUGGCUAGGUGUACCACAGGUCAUCGCUCCUGAAGAGAUUGUGGAUCCUAAUGUAGAUGAGCAUUCAGUCAUGACCUACCUCUCACAGUUCCCCAAGGCCAAGCUGAAGCCAGGAGCACCUCUGCGAUCUAAGCAGCUGCAUCCCAAGAAAGCCAUUGCCUAUGGGCCUGGUAUUGAGCCUCAAGGAAACAUGGUUUUGAAACCCGCCUUUUUCACAGUGGAGACCAUUGAUGCUGGCCUGGGGGAAGUGCUGGUAUUCGUGGAAGAUCCUGAAGGACAUACUGAAGAGGCCAAAGUUAUCCCCAACAAUGAUAAGAACAGAACUUACUCAGUCAGCUACGUGCCAAAGGUGGCAGGCCUUCACAAGGUUACAGUCUUAUUUGCUGGUCAGAACAUCAACAAAAGUCCAUUUAAUGUUAAUGUUGCCAUGGCCCUUGGAGACGCUAAUAAAGUGACAGCACGGGGACCUGGUUUGGAGCCUGUGGGAAAUGUUGCCAACAAACCAACCUACUUUGAUAUCUAUACUGCAGGUGCUGGUUCUGGUGAUGUUGGUGUGGUCAUUGUUGAUCCCCAGAAUCGACAGGACACAGUGGAAGUUAUUCUUGAAGACAAAGGUGACAGUAUCUAUCGCUGUACCUACAGGCCCAACAUGGAAGGACCUCACAAGGUCUUCAUUAAUUUCGCUGGAACUCAGAUUCCCAAGUGUCCUUAUGUUGUUAACAUUUCAGAGGCUGCUGUCUUGCCAUUGGCACCCAGCACCCCUCCCCUUCAGGUCACCCCUCAGGCCAUUGCCACCCCGCCUCCUGACAAGGCUAAGAAAGUGGCUCCCCCACCUCCACCCAAACCUAAACCACGCAAGUCAACAUGUAACCCUAACGCCUGCAGAGCUUCUGGCCGGGGGCUGCAGCCCAAAGGUGUACGUGUGAAGGAAGUGGCUGACUUCAAGGUAUUCACCAAAGGAGCAGGAAGUGGAGAACUAAAAGUCUCAGUAAAAGGACCCAAGGGCACAGAGGAACCAGUGAAAGUCCGAGAUGUUGGAAAUGGUGUGUACGAGUGUGACUAUUACCCAAUAGUGCCAGGAAAAUACACUGUAACAAUCACGUGGGGUGGAACCGCCAUCCCAAGAAGCCCAUUUGAAGUCAUUAUCAGCCCUGAAGUAGGAGUACAGAAAGUGCGUGCCUGGGGUCCUGGCCUUGAGACGGGCAUGGUGGGCAAGUCAGCAGAUUUUGUGGUGGAAGCCAUAGGGACAGAAGUCGGAACACUUGGCUUUUCUAUAGAGGGUCCUUCACAGGCAAAGAUUGAGUGUGAUGACAAGGGAGAUGGAUCAUGUGAUGUUCGCUAUUGGCCUACUGAGCCUGGGGAGUAUGCUGUGCAUGUGAUCUGUGAUGAUGAGGAUAUCAAGGACAGUCCCUUCAUUGCUCAUAUACUACCAGCUAGCAACAAAGGCUUCCCAGAAAAGGUUAAAGCAUAUGGUCCAGGUCUGGAACCCACAGGCUGCAUAGUAGAACACCCUGCUGAAUUCACCAUUGAUGCCCGUGCUGCUGGAACUGCUGAACUGAAGAUUUAUGCACAGGAUGCAGAGGGCACACCCAUUGACAUCAAGAUUAAGGACAAUGGAGAUAAUACAUAUGUGUGUGUUUAUGUACCAAUCAAGCCAAUCAAACACACCAUCAUCAUCUCAUGGGGAGGAGUUAACAUCCCUAACAGCCCUUACCGGGUGUCAGUGGGUGAGGGCAGCCAUCCCAGCAAAGUUAAAGUUUAUGGACCCGGUGUAGAAAAGACAGGUUUAAAAGCCAAUGAGCCAACUUAUUUCACAGUGGAUUGCAGUGAGGCAGGACAAGGCGACGUCAGCAUUGGCAUUAAAUGUGCACCUGGCGUGGUGGGACCAGCAGAAGCAGAUAUUGACUUUGACAUCAUUAAAAAUGAUAAUGAUACUUUCACAGUAAAAUACACUCCACCUGGAGCUGGGAAAUAUACCAUCAUGGUGCUAUUCGCUGACCAGGAAAUACCUAUCAGUCCCUUCCGAGUUAAGGUCGAUCCAUCGCAUGAUGCAAACAAAGUACGGGCAGAGGGUCCAGGACUCAACCGCACAGGAGUGGAGGUCGGAAAGCCCACCCACUUCACAGUGUACACUAAGGGUGCUGGAAAAGCAAAACUGGAUGUUCAGUUCACUGGGUCCAUAAAGGGUGAAGCUGUGCAAGAUUUUGAAAUAAUUGAUAACCAUGACUACUCAUUCACUGUGAAGUAUACAGCCGUGCAGCAGGGUAACAUAACUGUCUCUGUAACAUAUGGAGGGGAUCCAAUCCCUAAGAGCCCCUUUAUUGUCAAUGUGGCUCCACCUCUUGACCUGGGAAAGGUUAAAGUCCAAGGACUUAACAACAAAGUGGAUGUUGGGAAGGAUCAGGAGUUCUCCAUUAACACCAGUGGGGCUGGAGGUCAGGGGAAGGUGGACGUGAAGAUAACAUCCCCCUCACGCCGUCCAAUUCCCUGCAAGGUGGAGACUGGAGUCACCAGUGAGAUUCACACAGUAAAAUACAUGCCCCCCGAGGAAGGACCAUACAAGGUGGACAUCAGUUAUGAUGGGCAUCCCGUGCCAGGAAGCCCAUUCUCAGUGGAGGCAGUAAUGCCCCCUGAUCCUUCCAAGGUUCGUGCCUAUGGACCUGGCCUGAAAGGUGGGUUUGUGGGUAAGCCAGCUCCAUUUGCAAUUGACACCAAAGGAGCUGGUACAGGAGGUCUUGGUCUGACAGUAGAAGGACCAUGUGAGGCCAAGAUUGAGUGCCAGGAUAAUGGGGAUGGAUCCUGUUCAGUUUCAUACUUACCAACAGAACCAGGAGAGUAUUCUAUCAACAUCUUAUUUGCGGAGGCUCACAUUCCUGGCUCACCCUUCAAGGCUGACAUCAGGCCUGUGUUUGAUCCCAGCAAAGUGACAGCCAGUGGGCCUGGCCUAGAAAGAGGAAAAGCUGGCGAGGUGGCCACCUUUACUGUGGACUGCUCCAAAGCUGGUGAUGCUGAGCUCACCAUUGAGAUUCUAUCAGAUUCAGGAGCUAAAGCUGAAGUUCUCAUUCAGAACAACAGUGAUGGGACCUAUAGUAUUACCUACAUCCCAUCAUGCCCUGGGGCAUACACAAUCACCAUCAAAUAUGGAGGACAUGCAGUACCCAAAUUCCCUGUCCGGGUAAAUGUAGAACCAGCUGUGGACACCAGUGGAGUGAAGGUUUUCGGCCCAGGAGUGGAACCCAGAGGUGUACUUCGUGAGGUUACCACAGAAUUUACUGUGGAUGCCCGCUCUUUAACCAAGACUGGGGGUAGUCAUGUGACCACCCGUAUCAUCAGCCCUUCAGGUGCUGUAACUGACAGCUUGAUAUCUGACAAUGGGGAUGGCACAUAUCAUGUGCAGUAUACAGCAUAUGAAGAUGGUGUUCAUUUGGUUGAGGUCCUGUAUGAUGAAGUUCCAGUGCUUAAGAGCCCAUUCCGUGUCACUGUCACUGAGGGCUGUGAUCCAUCCCGUGUACGAGCAUACGGCCCGGGGCUAGAAGGUGGAUUGCUUAACAAGUCUAAUCGCUUUACUGUUGAAACCAGGGGAGCUGGAACUGGGGGUCUUGGCCUUGCAAUUGAAGGGCCUUCUGAAGCAAAAAUGUCAUGUAAGGACAAUAAAGAUGGCAGCUGUGGCGUGGAGUACAUCCCUUUCACACCAGGAGAGUAUGAUGUUAAUAUUACUUUUGGAGGUCGACCAAUCCCAGGAAGCCCUUUUCGUGUGCCGGUAAAAGAUGUUGUUGACCCUAGCAAAGUGAAGUGUUCAGGUCCUGGGUUGGGGGCUGGUGUGAGAGCACAUGUCCCACAGAACUUCACUGUAGACUGCAGCAAAGCUGGACUUGCACCACUAGAAGUGCUGGUGCAAGGACCAUCAGGUUUGGCAGAGCCAGUGGAUGUACGAGACAAUGGUGAUGGGACUCACACUGUACAUUAUACUCCAGCCACAGAUGGACCAUACACGGUAUCUGUGAGAUAUGCGGACCAGGAAGUGCCACGAAGCCCAUUUAAGAUCAAGGUACUGCCUACGCAUGAUGCAAGCAAAGUGCGUGCCAGUGGCCCAGGCCUCAACACAGCAGGUAUCCCAGCCAGCCUGCCUGUUGAAUUUACCAUUGAUGCCCGUGAUGCGGGCGAGGGGCUUCUGACUGUUCAAAUUCUGGACCCAGAAGGAAAGCCAAAGAAAGCUAAUAUUCGAGGGAAUGGUGAUGGUACCUACACAGUAUCUUAUCUGCCAGACAUGGCAGGGAGAUAUACUAUUACCAUCAAGUAUGGCGGAGAUGAAAUCCCUUACUCUCCUUUCCGUAUUCAUGCUGUACCGACAGGAGAUGCCAGCAAGUGCUUAGUGACAGUGUCUAUUGGAGGACAUGGAUUAGGAGCAUGUCUAGGUCCCACUAUUCAGAUUGGAGAAGAGACUGUCAUCACAGUGGAUGCCAAAGCUGCAGGAAAGGGGAAAGUUACCUGCAAGGUGUCUACACCAGAUGGGGCAGAACUGGAUGUAGAUGUGGUGGAAAACCAAGAUGGCACUUUUGAUAUUUAUUACACUGCACCUGAGCCAGGGAAAUAUGUCAUCACCAUCCGAUUUGGUGGAGAACAGAUUCCCAACAGUCCCUUCCAUGUGGUGGCAACAGAGGAGCCUGUCGUUCCUGUUGAUAAUUUGGAUACCAUGCUCAGGCCAUUCAACCUAGUCAUUCCUUUCACUGUGCAGAAAGGAGAGAUUACAGGGGAAGUACGCAUGCCUUCUGGUAAAACCGCUCGACCCAAUAUCUCUGAUAAUAAAGAUGGCACAGUGACUGUGAAAUUUGCUCCAGUGGAGAAGGGAUUACAUGAAAUGGACAUAAAAUAUGAUGGAAACCACAUUCCAGGGAGUCCAUUGCAGUUUUAUGUAGAUGCCAUGAACAGCCGACAUGUGAAUGCGUAUGGACCAGGCCUUAGUCAUGGGAUGGUAAACAAACCAGCCACAUUCACCAUCGUUACAAAGGAUGCUGGAGAAGGUGGCUUAUCACUGGCCGUGGAAGGUCCAUCCAAAGCAGAAAUCACAUGCAAGGACAAUAAGGAUGGUACAUGCACUGUGUCCUACUUGCCUACAGCCCCUGGAGACUAUAACAUAAUUGUGAGAUUUGAUGACAAGCACAUCCCAGGCAGUCCUUUCACAGCUAAGAUUACAGGUGAUGACUCCAUGAGAACGUCUCAGCUCAACGUGGGGACCUCUACAGAUUUUUCCCUUAAGAUCACAGAGACAGAUCUAAGCCUGUUAACUGCCAGUAUCAGAGCCCCAUCUGGCAAUGAGGAGCCAUGUCUGCUUAAGAGACUGCCAAACAGGCACAUUGGAAUCUCCUUUACCCCGAAAGAGGUUGGAGAACAUGUGGUCAGUGUAAAAAAGAAUGGAAAACAUGUUACUAAUAGUCCCUUCAAGAUCAUGGUGGGACAGUCUGAGAUCGGAGAGGCAAGCAGGGUGAAAGUAUCAGGGAAGGGACUGCUGGAAGGUUUAACGUUCGAGGUGUCUGAAUUCAUAGUUGACACCAGGAAUGCAGGGUAUGGAGGUUUAGGUUUGUCCAUUGAAGGCCCAAGCAAAGUGGAUAUAAACUGUGAAGAUGUGGAAGAUGGAACAUGUAAAGUGUCUUAUUGUCCUACUGAGCCUGGAACAUACAUUAUAAAUAUCAAGUUUGCAGAAAAACAUGUGCCAGGGAGUCCAUUCAUGGUGAAGGUAACCGGUGAAGGGCGUAUGAAAGAGAGCAUAACCAGAAGACGCCAGGCCCCCUCUAUUGCCAGCAUAGGCAGCACAUGUGACCUCAAUCUGAAGAUUCCAGGCAACUGGUUCCAGAUGGUCUCAGCGCAGGAACGCCUUACACGCACUUUCACACGCAGCAGCCACACUUAUACACGCACUGAACGCACAGAGAUUAGCAAAACACGUGCAGGAGAAACAAAGCGAGAAGUGAGGGUGGAGGAAUCUACACAGGUUGGAGGUGACCCUUUUCACAAUGUGUUUGGGGACUUUCUUGGCCGGGAGAGCCUGGGCUCAUUCAGCAGUAUUGCACGACAGGAAGGUGAAUCAGGUCAUCAGGAUAUGACAGCUCAGGUGACCAGCCCUUCUGGAAAAACAGCAGAUGCAGAAAUCAUUGAUGGCGAAGACAGUACAUAUAGUGUGCGGUUCGUACCACAGGAGAUGGGAGCUCACACCGUUAGUGUCAAGUACAGAGGCCAACAUGUUCCUGGCAGUCCUUUCCAGUUCACAGUUGGCCCCAUGGGUGAAGGUGGUGCCCACAAAGUCAGGGCAGGAGGCACUGGCUUGGAGAGGGGAGUAGCAGGAGUUCCAGCUGAAUUCAGCAUAUGGACACGAGAGGCAGGAGCUGGUGGUCUGUCUAUCGCAGUAGAAGGACCUAGCAAAGCAGAGAUCUCCUUUGAAGACCGUAAAGAUGGGUCCUGUGGAGUGUCCUACAUUGUACAGGAAGCUGGUGACUAUGAGGUGUCUAUCAAAUUUAAUGAUGAACAAAUCCCUGACAGCCCCUUUGUGGUACCAGUGGCCUCCCGCUCCGAUGAUGCCCGCAGAUUAACUGUCACUAGCCUACAGGAGACAGGACUGAUAGUCAACCAACCAGCCUCAUUCGCAGUACAGUUGAAUGGAGCUCGUGGAGUGAUAGAUGCCAAGGUACACACACCAUCAGGUGUGGUAGAAGAAUGCUACGUGUCUGAAGUGGACAGUGACAAAUACUCAAUCCGUUUCAUUCCUCAUGAAAAUGGUGUACACUCCAUUGAUGUCAAGUUCAAUGGACGUCACAUCCCAGGAAGUCCAUUCAAGAUCCGUGUAGGAGAACAGAGUCAGGCAGGGGACCCUGGCCUUGUUACAGCCUAUGGACCUGGGCUAGAGGGUGGAGUCACAGGGAGACCUUCAGAAUUUGUAGUGAACACCUUUAAUGCCGGAGCUGGGUCUUUAUCAGUGACUAUUGAUGGACCUUCCAAAGUGAAGUUGGACUGCCAGGAUUCUACUGAUGGUUAUAAGGUCUCAUAUACUCCAAUGGCACCUGGAAACUACCUGAUAUCUAUCAAAUAUGGAGGACCCCAGCAUAUAGUUGGAAGUCCAUUCAAGGCUAGGGUGACAGGCGUACGUCUUUCUGGUGGCCACAGUCUCCACGAAACAUCCACUGUGCUGGUAGAAACCGUCACCAAAUCCUCUGCUUCUGUGGGAGGCUAUGGGAUGGCAGUGCCUAAAUUUACAUCUGAUGCUACCAAAGUGGUGUCCCGAGGCCCCGGCCUUUCAAAAGCUUUUGUGGGACAGAAAAACACCUUCACUGUAGACUGCAGCAAAGCAGGUACCAACAUGCUAAUGGUAGGAGUCCAUGGGCCAAAGACCCCAUGUGAAGAAGUAUACGUGAAGCACAUGGGAAAUCGAUUAUACAAUGUGACUUACACUGUAAAGGACAAAGGGGACUAUAUCCUCAUCGUCAAGUGGGGAGACCAGAAUGUUCCUGGAAGUCCCUUCCAAGUCUCAGUACCUUGAGAAGCUCAUCUAUGUCCUAUUACUGAUUUGCCAGUGAAGGACAGGCCCUUCCCCCUUUUAUGCAAAUGCACUGAUUAAAAAAAAACUUUAAUAGCAUAAAUUCACCAAGUGCCUUUGUUCAUCCAACCUAAGGACUUUCCCAUAGCAUGAGGGCAUGGUAAUGGUUGGGGGGAAAAGGGAAACAAGCAUGCACAUCACCCACAAUGUCCAUGUCCUUCUGCUUUUUACAAAAUCUUCCUUUAUAUUAUGGUUGGUGUUUUAUUUUUUAAAGUUGUUACCUGUUGUGUUUUAUAUGUGCUUUAACUGUUUUGUAUUUUUAUUUGAGGGGAGGGUAUUUUUAGGGUGAAAUGUUUAGGGGAGGCACCAGAGGUCAUGGGGUCAUUAUAUGGUGAUGGUUGGCGAUUGGCAAACUGUACAACCUUUCCAUCUGGAAUGCUAAACAUUUGUUAUUGUUUGUCUAUUUACACAAUGUGCACCUACAAGUUUCUAGUCACAACAGUAUUACUGAUGUUUGUGCAAUACCGAAACACAAAGUCAAAGAUAAUUGUCCUAGAAACCAACCAAUAAUAGUUUAAAAGGGUUACUAUAGAUAAAAUGCCUUGGCAAUCUCAGACAAACAUGACAUGGCAGUUCAUUGUUUUUAUUAUUAUGUUCACUUCACUACUUUUAGCUUUUUUAUUUUUUUAUUCCCACAUUCAUUUUUGAGUGGGUAAUUAGCUGGUCCAUUCUGGAGAUAAACAUUUUAGCUUCAAAUUGAAGCUUAGCUAUUUGUAUUAACUAAUAGUAAUUAACCUGUUUAUAUUACACACAGUGCACAUCCCUCAUUUAUCUUACCGUUUAUAUUUUUCAUCUUUGCAUUCAACUCUAUGACCUCUUAUCUGGACAGUCUCUAAAUAAUAUGAUUGGUUGUCGUAGCACUGUUAUAAGGGCAGAGCCAAUAUCACAUGGCGCUUGCCAUGUGACUGCAUUUUCUAGGAAAGAUAUUUUCUAUGCAUCAAACACAAUGUUCAAAACCUGUCAUUUGAUACUGAUGUUUUGAUUGGUGCAUACUAAAGAAAAUAAAGAUGUAUUGCUAAUGUG